UCAGGUGGAGCCAGAGGAGGAGAGGGGGAGGGACGGAGCGAGAAAGAGAGAGAGAGGGGGAGAAAGAGAGAAGGAGGGAGGACCCAGCUAGACUCUCCUCACCCCCGCAGCCUCUCGUCGCCUCGUCCGGUGCGGGGAGCCCGAACAAAGGCCACUUUCUCACCCUGACAGCCCCGGCGGCGGCGGCGUCGACGAGCGCCCACCCUGCGCCCCUACUGCUUCCUCGGGCAGGCAGGCAGGCGGCUCUCGCUCGCUUGCUCGCUCACGUUUGAAGCACGUGCGCGCGCGUGUGCGCGAGUGCAUGUGUGCGCGUGGACGAGCAGAGGUGAGGAGCUUGUUUGAAUUAUUAUUACUAGGAGAGGUGAGGCUAUAGCCUAGCGCGUACGUUUCUUUUUUAUUUCUUUCUUUUUGUUUGUUUGUUUGUUUAUUUGUUUUUCUUUUAUUUUUUUUGUAGUACUCUUCCCAUCAUUUUUGUUUCAUCAGAGGGAUGUGUGUGUGAAAGCAGCGGAGCUAACAGGUGUGAGGGACAUAGGCUAGCUAUAGUAACCUAUUAAAGAAAUGGGCAGAUAGGCACCAACACCACCACCAACACCAACACCACCAUACCUUCUCCUCUUUGGCUUGUACCCGUCCCAAAAGAGACCCGCGUCUCCCGGCUCCCUCUGUGGGUCUCAUCCCAAGAGGAGGGAUAGGAGGUGUGGAAGGGAUAGGAAAGGAAAGGAAGGAGAAGGGAAGGGAAGGGAAGACAAGCCCCCCUGACAUAUUUGGAAAAGCGAAGAAGCCAAAGAAGAAGCAGCGGCAUCAGCCCCUCAAACAACGUCCCCCAAAGCUCCCUGUUUGCUUUCCAACAGGGGUGCCCAUAGGGGUGGGGGCAUUUCUAAAAAAAACAAAAACAAACAAACAAACAAACAAAAAAAAAACUGAAACAGACACGAUGUCGAACCUAAAGCACAUUGCAGACACUGGGAAGAGGAGUCCCCCUCAGUCUGACGGGGAGAUGUUUGGAGAAUUUCAGGACUGGUGUCUCCGGACCUACGGGGACUCCGGCAAGACCAAGACGGUGACCCGCCGCAAAUACAACCGCAUCCUGCAGGCGCUCCUGCAGCAGCACCCCGACGAACCGGACGCGUACCACGAAACCAACCACCUCAACGCCAAGUUCAAGUUCUGGGUCAAGUCCAAAGGCUUCCAGGUGGGCGGCACCGAGGGGCACCGGGAGAGGAACGGAGACCGACCCGUCCUGUACGUGCCCAUCAAAGCCACGUGUGUGGAUGGAGCUGCAGGUCAGGAAGGUUCUUUACUGAAGAGAGUUGCUGUGGUAGAAGACUUCUACGACAUCAUCUACGCCAUGCACGUAGAGAUCAGCUCUGACCCAGCUAAAGCCCCCAAGCACGCCGGCCAGAAGAAAACCUACAAAGCGAUUGCAGAGACGUAUGCGUUCCUGCCCAGAGAGGCAGUGACCCGAUUCCUGAUGAGCUGUGGAGAGUGUCAGAAGAGGAUGCACAUCAGCCCGAGUGGAGCCGAGUGCAAAGAAAAUGACCAGCCUGCCUCUUUGGUUCCUGAUGUCAUCGACUACAACAUGCCUUUGACCACUACCUACCUGAAACAGAUGAAACUGCAAUGCAUGAACAAUGAACAGGAUGAGAGUUCAGUGAGCAGUGAGGAGUUUGAUAUGAGUGACCCCACAUGGAUUUCAGCUGAGCACCACGCCGCACUUUCUGACCCCACCCGACCCACCAGCACUGAGAGAAUGCACAGCCCCCAAAAUACCCACAAAGAGGAAGACGAUGAUUCAUCCUCAGAAAGUGGGAGUGGCAACGGAAUCCACAGCAUGACCCCUCCUUCAAUGGCCGCGGUCGCUGUGAGUGAUGGUGCAGGGGCUGGACCGGUGAUGGCGUCGUACAGUCAGGUGAAUGGUAACGGGACGGGCACGCCACUGGACUUCAGUGUGACUUCAUCCUCCUCAUCCUCAGAGGACCAGCAGUCAGUGAACCUCAGAGAAAGAAUGAGCCAGACUCUGCCCACCGCUGCCGCCAUGCUGGCCACAUUUAACCCUGAACACUCAGAGGAGCUUCGCAGAAAAUUUUCAAAACCCCCGCAGGCCUCAGACAUACGCCUUGACCGAGACAUCAGGGACUACGCCAACAAGUCUCCACAGUAUGGCUCAGGGAGCUUUGACUCCAUAAAGAUGGAGAUGUGUGCUGAGGACCUGACAGUCAGUCGUUCUCAGGCUGCAGAUGAUGACGACGAUGACCACGACGACCACGAUGACAGUGACAAGAUUAACGACACGGAGGGAGUUGACCCAGAGAGACUGAAGGCUUUUAAUAUGUUUGUGCGCCUGUUUGUUGAUGAGAACCUGGACCGCAUGGUGCCCAUCUCCAAGCAGCCCAAAGAGAAGAUCCAGGCUAUAAUUGAGUCCUGCAGCCGCCAGUUCCCGGAGUUUCAGGAACGCGCACGCAAACGCAUUCGCACCUACCUCAAAUCCUGCCGUCGCAUGAAGAAAAACGGCAUGGAGACUCGGCCCACGCCACCACACUUGACCUCAGCAAUGGCAGAGAACAUUCUGGCUGCUGCAUGCGAGAGCGAAACACGAAAUGCUGCCAAGAGGAUGCGGAUGGACGUCUACCAAACACACGAGGAUCAGAUAGCUCUGGAUAAGGCUAUCUCUCGUGAGCCGGUGCCCUUGACCCACUCUGCAUAUUCUCUGGCAGCUUCAGCCUACUCCCAGGACCAGCUGUACAUCAACGGAGGCCUUGGCUACACUUACCGUGCGUACAGCGGCCUGGGAAGCAACCUGCAGCACCCGAUUUCUCUGACAACCCCUACAGCUCAGAGCAAUGGGCCUACUGAUCUCAGUAUGAAGUCUCUGGCUUCUAACUCGUCUACGUCGAGCAGCAGUAGUCUCGGACGGACUGGAGGCGGGACCUCUGCUCAGCUCAGCCAUACUGAAGUGUCAGCUGUGCGUCAGCUGAUCGCUGGCUACCGCGAAUCAGCAGCCUUCUUACUGCGCUCAGCGGACGAGCUGGAGAACCUCAUACUGCAGCAGAACUGAACCGCACAUUCUGUCUCUCUCUUUCUUCUCUCAUUCAAACACUUUCAAGCUCUCUCUCUAUUUCUCGAGCUCCUUUCCUUUAUCUCUGUUUCUCCCUCUCUCUCUGAGUCACCUCAUUUGUAUUUGCCCGCCAUUCUGCUUUAACCCAGCUUGUUGCCAACCAUCUUUCUCAUCGUCCUCAAACGCUGGCAGACCUGAAGAGAUCAGGGGAGAGAGAGAGAUUGCAUCAUCAAGCUACCCCAUUCCCAUUGACUGGAUGGAGCUUUCAACUGGAAAGAAAGAGAAGAGAAAACAAGACAGGAGAAGAGAAGAAAGAGGAGGAGCUGAUGAAUAUAGUAGUAGGGUGAGUGGGGGGUUACUGGAGGGAUGCUGCAGCACUGCACUGGAGAAGAAAAAAAAAAAAACAGAACACUUGUACAGCUAUGUGCGCUGAUCCUGUGAAUCAUACACCCCCUCCACCCACCAAUGCCCCUCGGCUUACUUACUAAAACACUCUUUAACCAUGUUAUUUUUUUCUUUAAACCCACCCCUGCUUUUGAGAGCCAUUGAUUUCUGUUUUCUUUUGUUCUUAACCUACUUAAAAGGAGGCAUUACGCUGUGCCAAUACUCCGGUUUAGCACUAACUAAAUGAGACACUUUUUUGAGUCGACGCUAAGGAAGAUGCCUGGAAUAAAAAAUAAAAAAAAGACUGAACGAUUAAAGAAAAAAUUGAAAAAAGAGAGAGACCUUUGCAUUCGCUGUAAAUAAAUGCGCUCUGUGUUCUGAAGCACUUUUUUUCCCACUCGCUCUGACCUCUCCUCCCCUAACGACUCUUUUUGCUGCGGGGAGAAAAUUGUGUAACUUAUGCAUUCAAAUACACAGGUGGAGCUCACCUGGAAAUACCUCAGCCUGUCCAAUUCCCCCCUCCCUAAGAAAAAAAAAAAAACUGUGUGUCCCAAUCCCCUCAUUCUUUCUGUCCGGGGAAGGGGAGAGGGAGAAUUUGAAAAAGGAAAAAAGAAAGAAAGAAAAAAAAAGCUCCCUCUCCUCCACUACCUUGUGUGUCCAGUGCCUAACCGAGAUCUGCAAGAAAGAGGCAGUACAUUAUUUACAGGGAGUGAGAUUUCUUUGUUCCUGUAGUUAUUUAAUUGAUUGGGUUUUUUUUUUUAAGUUUGUUUGCUUCUAUAAUACCUGAUGUACAUAUUCAAAUCUGAAAGUAUUGAUUAAAGAAGUACACUGAAAUCACACUGGAAUCGAAGGACUGAGAACUGAAUGAAGUUUAGUAAUGAAGUUUUGAUGAGGUAACUCAUAAUCUCCCACAUUAACGAUUUCAGGCCUUUUUGGGCCUGUACACUUGCUGUAGCCCCUUUCGAGGCGUUUCAUCUCCGGAUGCCAACUCUCCAUUCCACUUCCCCUCCUACGGGUCACCCCUUUCGUUUUUGUCCUUUGUUUUAAACGUCCUUCUGCCUCUGCAUCUCCUCAACUUCUCAUCCCUCUUUGAUGCUUGCUCUGCAUUGUAAGCAGUGGAGGGAUGGAGAUAGAUAGAGAGAGAAAAAGAGCGAUAGAAGGAGGAUCUGUUUUGCGUCUUUUUAUCUGUUGACUCUUCUUGAUGGCCAUUAAUCCACUCUGCUGCUAAAGGACUUGGACUUUACGCCACAGACCUGAAACCUCAAGCCUCCUACACAACCUGAGCACCUCAAAGAAGGAAAAAAAAAAACAACGAAAUUGCAAAAAAAAGAAUGGAAACUGGAUACGGAAAAACUGUAUCGAUUUGAGUCCUUAAUAGAAAAAAUGAAAAUACUGCCGUCUUAGUUUCAUACCGUUUUUGCAUAUUUGUUGGUAACAUUUGUUUAUCUCUGAGGGCUGUGUUUGCUUUGCGGUUGCAAUUUCUUUUUUUUUAUUUCUAUUGUUUAUUUUAGAGUUGAAGUGCUUCAGUGUUUGCUUAGCUCCAGAGAUCAAUAGGGAUGAGCUCUUUUGCGCACACACACACAAACACACACACACAUAGAUGCGCACACACCCUGAAGGGGCUCUUCUGUCUCCUUUGUGCAGUAUCUGGGGAACCGAAUCUGUAGAAGGGGAGAACAAAAUAAUGCAAGCUGUUUUGAGAUGGUGAGGCAGGCUUGUGUAGGGGCGGGCUGACUGGAGUGUCACUGUAAUUUUGCUCCUCUUUGCACACUGAGGCGGUGCUGGUCUGCUACUGUGGAGCUCCUACGUUUUAAAAGGCUGGAGGUUGCACUGCAAGUUAGGAACAAGAGGAAAAGAAUCGCAAUGCAAAAGAUAAUCAAGAAGCGUUCCUAGACCUGAAGGAGAGACAAGGAAAAAGAGAGAGAAAGAUACUAAGAAGAUCUAAAACUCGAGGGUUGUAGAAUAAUCAUUCAUUGCAGUUUGCUGCAGGAUCACCCUACUACUGAGGGGGGAAAUCAUUUAUCUGUGCAUGUAGGCGAAUGCUCUAUAAUGUAACCCCUUGACCUCCAAGCUUAUUAUUUAUUCAUCAAUGUUAAGACUUGUUAUUUAGAGCUGUUGUACUGAGAACUAGGGUAGAUGGCACUCUCUCCUCGCAUCACUCCUAUUGUGAUGCUGGCCAGCACAGGCAUCUGUUGUGGCGCUAAAUUUGUAAGAAAAAAAACAUGGGGCAGUUUUCCAUCCAAGAAACCAAUCAUAAUGGUUUAAGGGGUUACAUAUGUAUAUGGUGGGUGUAUGCCUAUAUGCAAAUAGAAAAAAAUACCCCCUCGUAGUACAUACAACAAAAUGCAAAAGAAAUCGAAUGAACCUUGCAGCAUCCAAUCUACUGAUAAUAUUCAGUAGUUCAUCAGUAGCUAAGUUAAAUACCCCGUGUAUCUCUAUACUGAGAUCAUCCUCUCUCUGUUAGUUUGAUGUUUCCGAACUAACAUAUAAAUAGAAUCACUCUUAUUUGUGUGCAAUUAUAAACCCUCCUCUCUAAAUCAGAGAACAGGAAAAGUAGUAUGCUCUUUUCAAUCGGAGCACAAUUGGUGAAAUUAUCAGCCGAUUGUCAAAUAGAGGUUUGAUAGUCUGAAUAGUGGCAAAAUGAAAGAAGAAGAAAUAUGCAAACUGACCAGUCCUCUCCUCACUGUGUGUGUGCUGGGUUUAUUUUUAAUAAUGAUAUCAGUUUUAGUGGAUCCAUCCCUCUGGCUCAUGGUCUUAUACCUCUCUAUUUGUUGUGAUCUUUUAGGUUUUGUCUCCGUUUUCUCUGUUUCUCUCCCUCCUCAGGCCUUAUUCUGUCAGCAUUACACUAUUGCAUAUUAAAAAUGCAACGAUAUGGGAGUUGUGGGUAAAUGCUGAUGUCAGAUCAUUUUUACUUACAUAUCUGGCACGAUCAGAGAAAUACAACCUAAUUAAUAUUUAUUUCUGUGUCCAUAAAUAUAUGUAGUAACCCAGAAUGCUCUAAACCUUUUGGAGCCAGUUCUCUCUAAAGCAUCUUAAGCCUAAUCCACACCUGUCUAGAUACUUUGUGUAGAUGGAAAAGCUAUGUUCCACCAACACCAUAUGAAGUGAUUCUCCAAGAUAAAGGUUUUUAAGAACGUUCUCUCCAGGAUUAAGAUUUUUGAAAAUGCUCCCCAAGGUGCAGGUUUUUGAGAAUGCGUGCUCAGCACAUUUGUUUCAACAUGUUCCAUUUUUGGGGAAGGCAGCAUGAAAUAUGCAGAAACAAGUAUCCCUAGUUGUGAAACAAAAUGAGUUCUUUUAUGAACUAUACUUUGUGAAGUCACAGAGAACCCUUUCUGACAUCUGUAUUAUUAUUUCACAGUACAAUGUAAACUAAGGCCAGGUCUAAGGACUGAUAUUUAAGGACUAUUCUAUUUUUUUCCCCCACUUUAAUGGGUUUGAGUGAAGGAGGGAUGGGUCCUAAUGCUUAUUAAAAUGACUUGUUAAACGCUGCUGAAUUCCUACUAACCUCACAUACUUCUACCAACCUCACAUGCCACUGAGCUCUGCUAACGGUUUCUUGAAUAUUUUAAGAUUGUAACAGUUAUGCAUUUGUAAUAUAGACGAGGGACUGCUAACGUCAUUUUUGGGAGAGGUGGUGAGAUCACAGAAGAAAACAAAGGCUCUUGGUAAAGGCUCCCGAACCACUCAUGCGCUUCUCUGGAGAUUGCUCUCUCCUGCUCAUGGACUACUUCUUAAACGGAUACAAACUGUACAAAAAGAAACUUAAAAAAAAAAAACUAAAAAAAACAAGGCAAAUGACAAUCUUGGAAGAUGUAAUUAGUUCACUGUUUGGUUUUCCCUUCUCUGUGUUCUCCGUGUGCAGCUAUUGUUUACAGUGCAUAUGGAAGAGUGUGGGGUGUUUUAGCUAUAAUCAGAGCAUCUCUCUGGAGUCCUGGACGUCUGACCCUUCUCACUACCUGUGGUGGACUCCUAGCGGCCCACUGUCGACACUGUCUUUUUAAUCUGAUUUUUUAGUAUAAUUCUCACAAUUACGGUUCUUCUUUUUAAAAUUCCUUUUUGUAUUGCGAGUAAGUGGUCUUUUCAGAACUGUUUUGUAUAACUCCAACAUCCCAAGUGACGUUAUCCUGUAUGCCUAUACAUUCCAACGAAGGAUGUCAAUAUAUGUGAAGCAGUUAACCAGACCUAAAGAGUCACCAGGCACUAAAGAUACGCUAAGGACAGUCUACUACUUAAGUGCAUUCUUCCUCUCUUUUUUUUUUGGCCAUUUUUUUGGACACAGACUACUAAACCAUUGACUACGCUGCCAUGCCAGUGUGAACAUCGGAUUUAGUCUAGGCCUAAUCUGGGUCUGGGGAACCUGGCACUCUGAUAGAAAUCCUAAUCAGUGAUUGUUGAAUAUAGAGGUUUGGGAACCGUGUUUAGACCCUUAAAAUAACAUGACUACUAGACUAUUACUACUACUACUAAUGCCCUGCUGUAAAGUUUGUCAACCCUACCCUUCCCAUGCUCCCUGUUGAACUCUAAACUAGUGUUGGGGCAGCCAGAACAUUGGUCUCUUUUCCACUGCAAGGCCAAACAUGUACUAAGGCUGUGUCAUUAUUAAUGUAGCUUUUUUUUUUGGCUGGGUUGCUAAAUCAGAACCAGAAAGUUCAUAGCAUCGUAACAACUAUGAGAGACAGUUGUGUUUAGAUUUUACAGAGUUAGCAUGUUAGCAUUUUAAUUUGCUAAACUGAGCAUACUUAUUCAACGAGAAAUAGAGAACUCUGAGUUUUAUGCCAGCUAUCAGCCUCAUCCCUCAUCACUACCACAGUGUUAGCACACUAACAAUGAGCCUUGCCCCAUUUCCCGGACUCAUUCAAUAUCGCUAUACCAAACAGUUUUGUGGACCCAAAUAUGGCUGGCUGAGAAAACAAGGCUAAGCCCAGUUUGCAUUUGUAAGAGUUCAGCACCGUACCCUCAGAAAUCAUACCCACUGAACAGUGUUCAGAACCGCUCAACCCUACAGUGGAAAAGAGGCAGGCUGUUUAGGCAGUUUCUUAUUUAGUGGGAGAGGGAAGGAGUCAAUUCCCUUUAACCAUACAAAGGCAAAUGGCAUUUACCAAGGCUUUACAAUCAAUUAUAACUCCACUUUUUUUUUUAAAUAACUAAGAUCAUGUUUCAGAGACAUGAAUACUUUCUGAACUGUUUUACCACAAGAAAAGGUUCAAUCUGGGUCUGGUAAUCCAGCACUAAAUAUUUAAUAGUACUGCAGCUUCACCUUUAUAACUCAUAUUAAAGCCUAAUCUAAUAUGAGCAGGGGCCCUGCUUGGUUUCAUUUUUCUGCUGCGAUGACACUUUGCCUUUGAGGAGCUCAGCUUUCUGUUGUUAGCACUCCUUACCAUAUGUCUGUAGAUAUGUCCAUUGCAGGCCUAAUCUCUUUAUUUUUAUGGAAGUGACAAUAUGGAAGAUCCGUCAGAGUAGAUGGCCUUCAGGGCUUUGUUUAUUUGGUGGGUGGAAAUUAACUGUACAAGCAAGUGCAAGUGUGAGCUGUCUACCAGUCAUGUGACCUCUUAAAGGCACAGUGACUACAUGUCAUGUACAGUGUGUACACACACACACAACACCUUACUUGCAUAUACAGCAUAUAUAGACAUACAGAGAUUGUCCUUUGUUUCAGACUGUGCAUUCAGGUGUGACUCUGGUUACGGUAGCUGCUAAACGACACACUUAAAAAUGGUCCUCAUUGGGCCAGAUGUAUAGCUCAGCAAAAAUGUAAGGAGAAAAAAUAAAUGACUUUUUAUUUUUCUACUGCGCUGGUGUACAGCUACAGUCCAAUCAUCCUGGGUUCCUUUCAUAGUCGACUUUAGUUCCCUCAGAUUCUGUUUCCUCCUCUGUUCUCCUGCUUUACUGUGUCAGGAGCUACUGAAGUCAGCUCCGCUUUGGGUAAUGUACCACCAAUGGGAAACACUCUUUAUUUCCUCUUCAUUUUGGACUCAGUGGAAGUGUGAUGUUUACAUGUACAGAUUUUUGAAAUCUUGUUUUCUCAUUGUUUGGUUUGACUGAAAGCAGUUCUUUAUUUUCUUUAUGUUCCUUCUUCUUCUUCUUCCUCUCAUUUCUGUGCAUUGCUUAAUUUAAUCAAAUACCUUCUUUGUUGAAGGGAAAUGGGCCUGUGUCAAGUCGAUUUCAGCGGAGCUUAGGCAAGUCCUGUCCUUGAAUUGAGAUGAAACCUCCAGUCCCUUUCUCAAACUGCUGACAGCAGAAAGACAAAACAAAAAAACGAAGGCUUACUGUAAAACGAUCUUCUGUUCUGACUACUAGCCGGGACACGGCACUCCAUUCCUUUUGUGAUUAAAAGCCAUUUACACGCCCUUCACUGGGCUGACGUCAAGUAUUAAAUUACAAAAAACAAACUAAAAAACCUCAGGUAAAUGAUGACUAUUUAUGUAAUUGUCAGUCUUAUUGGCAGCCCAUUUCCCUCUUUACUACCACAUAAAUUAUUAUAUGAAAAAAUGAUUCUUUUUCUUUUUAUAUUUAUUGUGUUCUAUAUAACAGUGGAUACUUUUUUUCCCAGUACAUGUGGCUAAAUAUUUUAAUUCUUUAGAAAAGUGUUGACAAAUAUAUAUGUGAAGAAACUGAAAGAUACGAAAAAGAAAAAAAAAAAGAACAAAAAAUGAAUUUCUGUUUGUUUAAUGCGGAACAGCAUGGGUGGCUCCUAACAUAUCACUUUGAUUAAUGAAAACCAAUGAUUUGAGAUGAAGCUUUCUCCAGUGCGAUGGCACUGCUGAGGUAAAAUAUCUUCGAAACAUGACAUUGUGAUUUUUUUUUUCCCCUACCAAGCUGUACGUCACAAAGCUAAAUAUGCUAAUAAAAUCGUGUGCUAUAUAUCAAACAGA